AUGACGACUCGGUCAACGGGACUAGGUUCCCAAGCCACCGUGAAUCUUGCUGACAUUCGCCGAAACUGGUCACAAUCACGAUCGCGAUUCACACAGACACGAGGUGCGCCGAGGAUUACACCCGACAAUGCAUUAGCACCAGAUUUCAUCACGUUGAUCUCCCUGAUUAGCGAAAUAUACCGACAGUACGGCGAUGAGAUGGAGCCCGUUCGCCAGUUUCAUCGUCACAAAGAGAUACAAUACACCAAGGGCCACACGAGUAGUGUUAGCCACACUCGAAUAUCGCGUCACGUUGUGUCCGCCGUAUCCUCCAAUCCAAUAAUUACAAAAUGGGAAAAUAUCAUCGUCAAAAGACCACGAGAACGCAUACUUGAGCCAGAGACCUACGCCUUGGUCAGCUUUAUUACAGAGUUGAGAGUUCGAACACAUGCGCCCCUCAGAGAACAUCCAAACAUUGGUCAAUUGCGAGGGGUAGCGUGGGAUUUUGAAGACGAAGAAGCUACUAUUCCCCGUCCUCUAUUCCUCGAAGAGCUGGCACCUCAAGGCACUUUGGACAAAUUUUGGGUGAAUUGGGAUUUUGUUCGCCUGAAGUUCAAAUCUAAAUUAGAUUUAGCCCGUGAUAUCGCUGAGGGCUUAAGAGUGAUGCACCGUUGUGGGGUUGUUCACGGAGAUGUCAAGCCCGAGAAUAUUCUUAUUCUUCCAAGAGUGAAUAAAGACAAUGAAUUUUUGGCCAAGCUGACGGAUUUUGGCCAUUCAGUGUUCGAACAUAGCGACUCUAAAAGCCUGCCAGCGUUCACACCGCAAUGGUGCGCCCCAGAACUAUUACCUGAGAGGUCAGGUCCUAAAACCAUGGGGUUCUGUGAAAUGAAAUUAACGGACACCUACUCUUAUGGGCUCGUUGUUUUAUCCAUCAUGAUCGAUCAUCCGUUUUACGAGUCUAUUGGUGACUCCACAACACUUCGAUCCAGUGGUUCAAUAUUGUCGGAAGCUAUCGAGCUAGUCAGGAGGGAAGAUCGAGAGAAACAUGACUCGGACUUAGAUCUUGCUACUGUCGAUUUAUUAAUGCGGCAAGCUAUUCGAUUGAGACCGAAACGUCGUAAUUUGGAUGAGUGUAUCAGAAUAAUAAAUCAGUACGAUAGUGACGACAUGCCAAGAGGACAGCGCUCUCAUAGCGAAAAGACUAGCCACACUCAAGUCAUAAAGGACCUUGACGUGAAGGAGAUGGUUGCAAUAGGCUACUCCAGCUUCUCCCAAACGAGUCAUCACUUAAAGUCGCGUAUCGUGGAAAGUUUAUCCCUUAUCGCUAACGAUGGUAACGACCCUCGGCGGUGGGCCGCCGCAUGGGAACUCUCGAUCUGUUAUUUUUCCGGGUUUGGCGUAGCAGUGUCACAUGAUAAAUGCUCAAAGUGGUUGUCGAUUGCAUCAGAAGGAGGCGUGGCUGCUGCCCUAGACUACUUCACAAGUCUACAUGAAGCGAUGAAGCGCCCCUAUCAAAUGCCGCUCAGGCGGGUCAAAGAGCGUCAAAGUCCGACAAUAACAACACCUAAUCGUCGUUCCUCAUCGCAAGUCAGGGAACCUGAAUCGAAAAGGUCAAGGGGCACAUUUUCCGACGGAAGCGAAACUGAGUCAGAUACAGACGAUAAGUUAUGGCCACCCGUCAAGUUAAUGCCAGAUGAACUGCUCAAUAUUCUUAAUUCGGGAACGCUCCAAGAUCUACAGGGUUACCUUAAAUCUAACCCGAUAAAUAUGAAUUGUCAAGAUAAUGGCGGAAACACUCCCCUAAUACUGGCUGCCAGAAGGCAACAAGUCAAUAUGCUUGAAUUCAUUGUCGAGCAAGAAGAUAUCAAUGCUGGUAUAUGGAACCGGUCGGGGCAUACAGUGCUGCACUUCCUUCCUUUACUUGACGACGAGACAGUUCAAAAUUUGGUACCUAAGCUAGUGGAACGACGCGCAGACUUACAUCAUGAAGCGCUUACUAUUCAUCUCACACCUGAGGAUACUAUCUUAACAUCGGAAAUCCGUUCUUGCGCUAUUUUGAAUGCGAUUCUUUACGGUAACAUGACACUCUUAAAAUGCCUUUUAGAUGCAUGUCAUUCUCAGGCAACGAGCGGUUUAUGUCACAUUUGCGAAGGUGGCACCCAAUUCCGAAGGAUCUUCGCUGUGGCACUGUCUAUAUUUCAGGCAAGGGCCCUUACCAUGCUAGUAGCUCAUGUAAGGGACCACAGGAAUCAGCAAGACAUUGGCCUGAAAGACAUGAAGGUUUGGGCUGGAAACAAACUUCUCCCACUUCAUGUGGUUCCUUUUAACAGUGUUGUAAUAGGAGCAUUGGACCUUCCAGACUUGUUAUUUCGAGCAAUGAAAUAUGGCAAAUAUUAUACCGAGGCAUUGGAGAAUACGAUCCUGCUACUUCUCUCUACGGAGGACCAUGUGGAAAACCUGGCGUACUCUAUGAUGUGUGCGGCUGUGGAGGGUAACAACUUAGAAGCAGUGAAAUUUCUGCUUAAUGAAGGCGAUAAGCGCCGAUUCGCAAAGUUAUGGUGGGUCCGUGGCCCCUUGGAUACUUCACCCUUCAUGCGAUCAGUCAGUCUCGGGUUCCGAGAGAUCCUCCAAUCGUUCUUGGAACACACCCCCAACUUAUUAAAAGGGCUCUUAACAGUGCCUUGCUGGAUUGACGGAUGCCAGGAUCAUUAUAACAGAUGGUGGGACCAACCACUCAGCCUCUUUCGACCACGGCGUCUACCCCCAGUCAAAAGAGAACAUGACUUAAAUCCGGUGCAGAUGGCACUCUUGAUACUGUGUAGUUCUAGCCAUCAAGACAACUUUUUCACGAAUGCUAUUCUAGAUGCUGCAGAGCCAACAUUAGUCACAAGGAAUGAGGAAAUAAUCGCGUUACUGCCCUCAACAGUGGGGACACCUGCAGUCAAAGAUGUAUGGCUACGGGGCGAGACAUCCGAUUCUCAAUACCGCAAAAUAUAUGGCUGUUAUUUUCUAGAGCGCGCAAUCCUUUCCUCCAUGUUCACGCCAGCAGCGACCAUCAUUAAGAGGUUCCCCGACUUGUUUCGCACGGGAAAGUCUUGGCACUACGUGCGAAAUUCGAAUGUCCAUAACACAUCCAUAGUUCUUGUCAAGGCGGUACUACAUUAUGGCACUUACAGACAAUGCCGCUUUGUUAUGGAGCACCUUUUACCAUUAAGACGAGCCAGUAGAACCAGCAGUAGCCCUAAUAGCAUAUUAUUUUGUUCAAGGGCAUCCAAUUCGGAAGAAGACGGCGUACAAGAAUGGACUCGCUGCCCUCUAUCCCGAGAGGAAUAUGACCGACUCGUUUGGGGAAAUAUUCGAAGUAUAAGAAAUGAUAGAAAGGAUUUAUGGAAUAUCAUAGAAACACAAGCGGGCCUCGGACAUUACAGACCCGUGUCGUACCUACGAGACGCUAUACAACUUGGUAACACAGAAGCGCUCAGGGAAAUGCUUCGGCGAGGAUGGAACCCAAAUAGCCUGCUCUGGGAUCAGAUGGAGACACCAUUACAAUAUACUAAGAGGCUUCAGGAAAAGCGGGAAGGAGACAUCGACCUGUAUCCUUGGACUUUACGGCAGCCGCAUCUCCCGCAAACUGACUGGGAAGGGAGCAGGACACACGCUGCCGUAUAUGAGGCAUAUAAAAAGCAGUCCGGGGUUCAUGUUUCGAGUAAUUGGAACGCCCAUCUGAAGCUGAGCCAAGCGAUACUCCGCGAGCAUGGAAGGAAGACCCUGCCCCUAAAGGGUGUAUUCACUAAAUGGGUCACGAAAAUCCUUCGAAAUUGGCUUAAAAUCACGCUGUUCGUCUUUAUUCUCCCGUUACCCCUGAUUUUUACAUAUAGGACCGAGCACAAAUGGACGUCGAUGUCCACUGGUCAGAAAUUAGCGUUCUCGUAUCUAUGGAGCUUACUCGUUCUUUGGGACUUGUUAAUAAUCUCCAGAAACAUUCCGACCACAUUUGAGCAAUGGAUCCCCAAUGUACUCGUUAUUUCCAUCGACUUUGUUGUCCUCCCAAUCCUCGUCAUACAGGUCAACUGGAGUCCGUUCCUUUCUUGCCGCGAUAUCUACGCCAACACUGAAACCACCGCCACUGCCUGUAAUGUCGCAACCGAAUGUACUAAUUACACAUUCUUACUUCCUCUAGUCGCUGUCACUAUCGGGGCUAUAUACAGCGCCUAUUACCGCCAUGAGAGAAGGCACAUGCUCCCAAGGAUGGUAACAAGAGUGCGGACAGUCCGGCUGUUGCUUUGA